AUGACGAAUAGAACCACCAUGGCUGAGUUCCUUCUCCGGGGACUCUCUGAUGUCCGGGAGCUGCAGAUUUUACACUUUGUGGUGUUUCUAGUAAUUUUCUUGAUGGCCUUGGUAGGAAAUCUCCUCGUUAUCACUCUCGUAGCCCUGGACUAUCGCCUUCACACCCCUAUGUACUUCUUCCUCAUGAAUUUGUCCAUCCUAGAUAUUGGCUCCAUCUCCGUCAUCGUCCCCAAGUCCAUGGUCAAUUCGCUAUUGAACACCAAGACGAUUUCUUAUCCGGGCUGCGUAGCCCAAGUCUUUCUCUUCAUUUUAUUUACUGCAACGGACUUUGCUUUCCUCACAGUCAUGGCUUAUGACCGAUAUGUUGCCAUCUGUCAACCGCUGCACUAUGAGAGAGUGAUGAACAGGAAAGCUUGUGUCCACAUGGCUACCAGCGCCUGGAUCAGUGGUAUUGUCAACUCUGUCCUGAAUACUGGGAACACAUUUGCAAUUAACUUCUGUGGAGGUAACACGGUGGAUCAGUUCUUCUGUGAAAUCCCUCAGCUCCUCAAGCUGGCCUGCCCUGACUCAGAUAUCACUGAAGUUGGUGUUAUAGUCUUCAGUACGGCCUUAUUUUUCAGCUGUUUUGUUUUAAUAAUAUUGUCGUACAUUCAGAUCUUCAGAGCGGUGCUGAGAAUCCCCUCGGAGCAGGGCCGGCACAAAGCCUUCUCCACCUGCCUCCCCCACCUCGCUGUGGUCUCCUUGUUCCUUUGCACCGCGUCCUUUGGCUACCUGAAACCCCCCUCCAGCUCAGCAUCACGUCUGGACCUUGUGGUGUCUGUUCUCUACGCCGUGGUUCCUCCCGUGAUGAAUCCGGUCAUCUACAGCCGUAAAGUCCCUAAUUCUUGGCCAAACGGAGUGAGGCACGUGGACCCGCCUCUGAUGUAUCCAUGUGUAGCCGGCUUGAUCCCCAGAAGUGACACCGAAUGAGUGGGGGUGAUACAGGGGUUGUUGCUCAACCCUCCAAAGGGGCUGGAU